ACAGUAUUUAGCUUUCAUAAACUGGACCCAAAGAGUGGAAGUGGUUCUAAAGUUCCACCAAAGUUUAGCACUACAGGCAUCCACUAUUUCUUACAUUCUUGUGAAACCCAAACCCCCCUCCUUAGUAGGAUAACUCAUAUGUUCCCAAGAACUCCAAUGAUAAUGGAGUUUUUGCUCAGAUUGUCCCUAGAAAAAAUUAGAAAAACUCUUUUCCAUCUUCACAAGUACUGCUUUAGGUGGAGCAACAGCUGAAAAAAUAUGGGCAGGAAUAGCUUGAAGAACACUUUUAAUAAGGACUUGCUUGCCUCCAGAAGAUAAAAGUCUCCCUUGCCAUCACUGACACUUUUGUGACACUCUAGCCAAAAGCUUGUUAAAAUAGCAGCACCUCAUCCUUCCUUUAUAGAUAGGGCACCCCAGGUAGAAGAAAGGGAAGGAUUGAUAUUGCAUCUUGAUAAGAUCAGCCACACGCUGAAUAGUAAUAUGUGCACUUUUGGGAUGCAUGUAGAAGGAGCUUUUAUGAGUGCUAAUAAGCUGUCCAGAGAUGUGUUCAUAAAGAUGAAGAUCCUUCAUAAUAUGGAGCACUGAGUGUUUCGUGCCAGAUGUGAAUAUAAUCAUAUCAUCCGCGAAAGCAAGGCCAUCCAAGGCUUUGGCCAGGUCAUGGCCAUGUGUCAGCAGAAUGGGGGGAUGCCAUUCCUCCCAGGCAUGUUUCCAUUCGCCCUUCUAGGCGCUGGAACGAUGCCCUUUCAAACUCCAAUGAUAGUGUCGCCAUUCCAGACGCCGGUACCACAACCAUCACCUUUCCAGCCGCAGCUGGUCACUACUGUGGCCCCCGUCAACUUGACCAGUGUGCUUAACGCCGCUGGGCCGCCAUGUCCUCUACAGGGUGCAAAUCUCCAAAUUACUCCCGACGGUCAUUGCGUCUCGGUUGAGAGCGGAGACGAUGAGUGGGACAUCCCCAGGACCCACAAAAAGAAGAAAGGAAAAACCAUCCGGCCGGAAACUUCCCGAAACUCUACCUUCGAAAGGCUUUGGGAUAGGGAAGAAGGUCAGAAGAAGUCGGCUAAGCUAAGAUUGGGGCAGAGCGUUGCCCAUGUUAGUGUUUUUGCCCGGCUGGGAGAGGGGAGGGAGGCCGAGCCUACCCCUACCCAGCGCUCCCGGUCAAACCGGCAAAAGCCUGUGAAAACAAGAGCUUCACGCCAGGAAGAAGAAGCAGAAAGCCAACCCCGGGGACCGGUGAUCAAUCGACUAACCAUGCCGAAUGAUCGCGUCCAGCAAAUGGAGGCGAAACUGGAGAGGCUGGAGAAGAAAGUGGGGGAGAAAAAUGACCGGGAUAAACCCCUCGCCGUGUCCCCGUUCACCACAAGAGUCCAUCUGACACCUUUCCCGCGAAACAACUUGGCCUCAAAAUUCAAAGCCAAGUUCCAGGAGAAUUAUACUAAGAGGAAGAAGUUCACAUAUCUUAGAACAGCCGGGCAGAGGAAAUCUGAGAACCUCACUCAAUUCCUUACUUGGUGGAAAGAAGAGGUGGACAAGGUUGAAGAGAUGGAUGACUUGUCUCUCCUAUUGAAUGGCUUACGUGCCGGGGAACUAUACAAAGAGUUUUGCUAGAAACCUCUGGCCACGUAUCAGGAGGCCAACCAUACGGUGUGGGAAUUUGCGGAGGCUGAAACCCAGCUCUGGGCAAAGAAAGAAGAUGAGCAUGG